UUAAAUAUUCUCAAUUUUGCAAUUGUCAUUGUCAAGUUCCACGUACAUACAUACAUCUGAUGAAUUUACAGUAAAGAUACAUAAUAUUGAAAACGAUCCUUAUUAUUUUCAUAAAAAUACUCUGAAGAACCGGAGAAAAUUUCGGUGAUUGGAUUAUUCCGUUUCACCUGACGCAUCAAAUCUCGCGCGAAUUAAAUUCGAGUGUUCCUUGUGUUGGGAGGGUUAGAAUGCUUCUCAUUAAAAGAAUGCAUUUCUUAUUAUUAUCAGUAAAUCUAAUCGUAAACUAAAUAAAAAUAUAUGAUAUGAUUAAUAUGAUACACGAAGAUAAACCGACUGUACUUAGAUAAUAUGAAAUAGAGAGAGGGAGAGCUGUCAAAUGGGAGUUUGCUAUCGUCGGAUUAAAUCAGUAUGAAUCAUGUAUGGGUAUGAAGAUGAACGGUGUAAAACAUAAGAUAUGCAUGGUCUCGGAUUUCUUUUAUCCAAAUAUGGGCGGUGUCGAGGAGCACAUCUUCAAUUUGUCCCAAUGUCUGCUGGAGCAUGGACACAAAGUGGUGAUACUCACACACUCCUAUGGGGACAGAGUAGGCGUGCGAUACAUGACAAAUGGACUGAAAGUAUAUUAUAUCCCAGUCAAGGUUUUCUACAAUCAGUGCGUUCUUCCGACGAUGAUAUGCUCUCUCCCACUUAUUAGAUACAUCUUUGUAAGAGAAGAGAUACAAAUAAUACAUGGACAUUCAGCGUUCUCCGCUCUAGCACAUGAGGGAAUGUUGAUUGGCAGAUUAAUGGGACUGAAAACAGUUUUCACAGAUCACUCACUUUUCGGUUUUGCGGACGCGUCGGCUAUUCUAACAAACAAAUUUCUCGAGAUAUCGUUAGUUGAUUGUGAUCAUUGUAUAUGUGUGUCUCAUAUCGGAAAAGAAAAUACAGUAUUACGAGCCAAAGUGAAGAAGGAGAAAGUAUCGGUUAUUCCAAAUGCCGUUGACACCGCGCUGUUUACGCCUGAUGUCAGUAAACGAAGCAACGAUUUUAUUACCAUAGUAAUAGUAUCGCGAUUAGUGUAUAGGAAGGGCGUCGAUCUUCUAGCCCAUAUAAUACCCGAGAUUUGUUUACGUCAUAAAAAUGUACAAUUUCUAAUUGGCGGGGAUGGGCCAAAGAGAUGGCUCCUAGAGGAAGUAAGGGAGAGAAAUCUACUACAGCACCGAGUCACCUUGCUGGGCAGUUUGGAGCACUCCCAAGUCAAACAUGUUUUAAACAAGGGUCACAUCUUUCUCAAUACGAGUCUGACAGAGGCUUAUUGCAUGGCUAUCGUAGAGGCAGCUUCUUGCGGUUUGCAAGUAGUGUCGACGAAGGUCGGAGGGAUUCCGGAAGUUUUGCCACUGGAUCUGAUUUAUCUCGUCGAACCGACUGUACCAUCGUUAAUCGAAGGUUUGGAGAUGGCUAUAGCAGACUAUAAAAGGGGCAAUGUCAGAUGUCCCUUGGAGAUGCACAAGAGAAUAGGCUUAUAUUACAAUUGGUUCAACAUCACGAAACGUACGGAGAUAGUGUAUAAUUUGGUGAAACGCGAAGCUAAAAGAAAUCUGGGGCAGCAAUUGGCGAGUCAGCUGCAAAGUGGUGUAUUAGCCUAUCUGCUUGUGGUGUCCUUGUGCUUUAUAAUACUACAAGUCCUGGAAUUUUUCGUUCCUAGAAAGUACAUUGAUAUUGCGCGGGACUACAACGAGAUUCACGUUAUGCCAUCCAACGGGAAAGGAAAAAAUGAUUAACAGUCAUAGAAACGUGAAAUGUAAAUUUCUCAAUGUGUUCAAGUAUUUUAUAUAGUCUUUAUAUAACUUUGGAAACAUUCCAAAACUCACAUUCUCUGUAAAAAUUAUUGUUAUAUCGUGAAGAAGAACAAUCAUCGAGUGUUGCAUUUAUCGAUAAAUUUUUUAAAAGAUAUAUAUAUCUAUGUAAAGAUGUGUGCAAAAUAAUGAUACGCGAAACAAGGAGAAAGUACAAAUAUCGUGAUUUACUUGUAUGUAAAAUUAUUACAACUGACAGGACUGUUUAUAACAAUUUUAUUUAUUAUAUUUCCUGCUGCUUUUUGUAAUCUCUGUGUAUCACUCCAAAACAAAUAUAAUAGCGCAUGAUGUUCAACAUCCGAUGUCAGUUUGUUUAUGAAAAUAAUACUUUAUCCGUUAAA